GUUGUAGACGUGCGUCCGAAACAACACAUUCUCGGUCGCCACUUUUUUGUUUACUCUUUCUUUCAUUCAGGCGAAUCAGUUUGGUACUCUCGAGGUUACUGCAGAAAUAAAUAGGAUGCAAGUGGGAAGUACCGAUUCGUCUGAGCAAGAUAGAGAACCAUUUGUUGAGGUCGAUCCAGCUGGAAGAUUUGGUCGGUAUACUGAGCUUCUUGGCUGUGGUGCAGUCAAGAAGGUUUAUAGGGGAUUUGAUAUAGUAGAAGGCAGAGACGUGGCAUGGAACCAAGUUAACCUAAAGAAAUUCAAUGGCAACGCGGCUUCCUUAAAGAGGCUGUUUGCAGAAGUAAAUCUGCUGAGCAGCUUGAAGAAUGAAUACCUCAUUGUUCUUUUUGGUUACUGGAAGGACAAUCAACGUAAAACCUUGAACUUCAUUACCGAGGAAUGUACUUCAGGAAGUUUAAGGGAUUAUAGGAAGAAACAUAAGCGUGUCUCAAUUGUAGCCUUGAAGAAGUGGUCAAAACAGAUUUUGAAAGGCUUGGAGUAUCUUCACACCCACGAGCCAUGUGUCAUUCAUAGAGAUCUCAACUGUAGCAACAUCUUCAUCAAUGGGAAUACCGGAAAGUACCAUAUCCUUCAUUUAUCUUGUUUAAAUCAAGGAUACUCGGUGCUAUCUUUUGAUGUACAUGGACAGGUUAAGAUUGGCGACUUGGGUUUAGCAGCAGUCGUAGGGAAGAGUCAUGUUGCACAUUCGUUGAUAGGAACACCAGAGUUCAUGGCACCAGAGUUAUACGAAGAGGAUUACAAUGAGUUGGUUGAUAUAUACUCGUUUGGAAUGUGUGUGCUUGAAUUGGUCACAUUGGAGAUACCAUACUCAGAAUGUGACUGCAUUGCUCAAAUAUUCAGAAAAGUUACUAGCGGUGUAAUGCCUGAAGCCCUCAACAAAGUAAAUGAACCAGAAGUCAAAGCUUUUAUUGAAAGGUGUAUAGGCAAGCCACGAGCACGGCCUUCUGCCUCUGAUCUUCUCAACGAUCCAUUUCUUUUGGAGGCUGAUGAUGACGAAAUUAAGAGCGGUGCCUAAGAGCUGGAGGGGCAUGCUCAUGUUUGUUCUUAAUGCAAUGUUUUCUUUAUCUCAAGUGUACAUAGUCUUUUUUUCUCGUUAGUUGGCAUAGGUUGGUGACUUUAGUACUUUCUUGAACUGAGAAGCUUCACUUGGUUAUCAAUUGUUGAUAUUGAAGUGGUUACAAAUAAGCUUUAUGCUGUAAUGUACCUCUUUGACAGUCAUGGCUUUUGAGUAUAAGGGUUUCUUCGAUUUUAACAUGUGAAAACCCUUUACAACAUGAAUAUUAUUGUGUUCAAUAUAUGAAAAUUACCUUUAGUUCAA